AUGUCUCUCACAUUUGCUGCUCUAGCGGAGCAUACUCGAUAUAUGGCUUCCAUGUCUAUGUCUCCUCCAUCCCACAAGACCGAUGACGAUAAUUCCUCGGAGUGUUCGUAUUAUUCACUGGCCGACCUACAGUACGACAGAUGGUAUCGCAACAUCCCAGCCAGUCAAAUCCGGGAACAAGCCAAGGAGGUGCCAGAUUCCCCAGCACCUACCAACAAAUUGUAUCCUCGGAAGUUCCAUAAUAGCGAACGACUGGUUCUGAAGUCUUGCGGCCCCUGGAAAGAGUACCCUUUUUGUCUGAACAAGCGGUACACAAACGGCUCUCCUGGACCUGUUCGGCUUAUCAUCAACUCUGCCAAGCCGGAGGAUGUGGAUGUGGUUUAUCAUCCGACACAAGGCAACAGACAGGUCUGUCUGGCGAAGUACCGUCCUAAGGGCUGGGCAAAGGGUACCUGUCUCAAGCCGUCGCCACACAAUCCACUGCCGGCCAACAACACUUUCGGUAUCCCUGAAGGGAUGACUUACCAGGGCCACGAGGUCUACCAAGGUCUGGGGGCCUGCUACUACCCACAACAGCAGUCAAUGACUGCACCAAUGCAUCCUGCAAUGCAGGCAGCGAUACUUUCUUUGGGAUAUCCCAGUUAUUCUUCAACAAUGCCCUCCUGGGGGCAGUAUAUUCCAGGGUACACUAUAUAUAAUUAUACCAAUCAACAUACUUCUUAA